AUGAGCGAAAAAUUCCAAGCUUUUUACAAAAGCGUAGGCUUGUCGGAAGCACAAGCUGAAACCCUAAAGGAGAAGUAUGGUACGGAAACAACUGAUGCAAACUCUGUUGAGGCAGCUUGUACAGCGGCACAACUCAGUCUUGGAGCAUCGAUAGUUGAUACAUCUCCCCUGAACGAAACAGUGGUGGGCGAAAACUGGUCCAAAGCAUGUGUCGCCGAACCUUACUGCAUAGUCCAACCGAAAACAGCAGAAGAUGUAUCCAAGGUCAUCAAAACGAUUAGCUAUUACGGCGUCAAGUUUGCCGUUCGCAGCGGUGGUCAUUCUCCCAACCCUGGAUGGUCAAGCGUAGGACAAGGAGGAAUUCUUGUGGACUUGCAAAACCUGAAUCAAAUCGACCUGAGCUGCGACAAGAAAGUGGCGAGUAUCGGUCCCGGGGCUCGAUGGGGUGAGGUGAUCUCAACUCUAGACGAACAAGGAGCUAUGGUUAUAGGUGGGCGAGUUCCCAGCGUCGGUGUAGCAGGAGUUAUACUAGGUGGGGGCUACUUUCAUUUUACAGGACAGUUUGGUACUGCUGCCGAUAACGUGAAGAACUUUGAGAUUGUCCUAUCGGAUGGCACGAUCACUAAUGCCAGCUCUACUUCCAACCCGGAUCUCUUUUGGGCUUUGAAGGGUGGUGGGCCUAACUUCGGAAUCGUAACUCGAUUUGACCUAAAUACCGUACCCGUAAGAGGGAUCUGGUAUCAGGCGUCGGUAUACUCGGUCGAUCAAGCUGACGUUCUUUUGGACGCUUAUGCCAAGUGGCAGGAGAAUGAAGGCGCAACCGAUCUCAAGGCCACCGUGGGUCUUGGUAUUUCUCUUGACUCCAUCAGCAUUGGCCUAGUAUAUUCGGAACCAACAGUGGAUCAACCAAGCGCGUUUGCACCCUUUAGAGACAUAGAACCACUUAUGGUCGCUGUUCCACCAACCAACGGUUCAAUUUCUGCCUUAACGGCGAUAAUGGCUAGUACUGGAACUGGGUCAGACCGCCACGAUUACCGAGCUGCUAGUACCCGUAUCGACGCCCAACUUUACAAGGACGUAUAUGCCUUUUGGCGAGAGAAGGCUCUUGCAGUUCGCAACGCCACAGGAGCCAACCAAAGUUUCACUAUCCAGCCUGUUCCUAAGAAUGUUGCCAUACAGGGAGAACAGAAAGGGGGAAAUCCAAUGAAUAUCCCAAAAGAAAACCAUGGAUGGUGGACGACAAUUGUUGAUUGGAAUGACGAGAAGGACGAUGAUCUAGUAAGAUCGGUCUCGAUCCAAACCAGCCAGAAAUGGAAGGAAUUAGGAGACGAGCGAGGCUUAUCGCUACCAUUCACCUUCAUGAACGACGCUUCUCGAGACCAGAACCCGCUCGCGUCGUACGGUACUGAAAAUGUCAACAAGCUGAAGCAAAUUUCCCAGAAGUAUGAUGCUUCGCAAUUAUUCCAGAAGCAACAGAACGACGGGUUCUUACUUUCUAAAUUGUAA